UGGUUGCAGAAGGCGGAGCGGUGAAUCAUGAAAGAGGUGGGCUAAUUCUCUUGCAGUGGUCCCUAGCAGUCAUUUGAAACACAAGAGAGAUGUGCCGGCGAUGAGCAGGAAAUAAUUAGCUAGUUAGCAGCUUCUCUCAGAGGGGAAAUCAAAAGCGCGCUGAACUGUGAAACGAUGGCGAGCGACGAAAACGUGGCUCUGCACAGCCGCAGGGCGGCUCCGAACGUGGCCAGUAUCCCGGAUCCGGACAGCCCUGGGAGAGAAGGCAGCGGUGGUGAUCACCGCAUAACCAGCAACGGAAAAAUGGAGGUGGAGCAUGUCAUCAGCAAGAAACUACAGCUGAAGAUGAAGGCAGAGCACUUGAAGGCAGACCUGAUGAAACAGCUUGACUCCCAGGUGAACGAGUUCAUGGACAGCCUGAUAGAGGAGUCAGCUUGUCUGGAGCCCCCCUCUGUCCCCCCCUUCUUCUCUCCGCCACUGUCCGAUAGGGAGAGGAGCAAACUCAGGCAGUUGCGGCCCUCUCAGGACCACGGCAAGCUGUUUGUGAUCCGCCGAUCCCUGUUAGAUGAGCUCUUUGAGGUCAACCACAUCCGCACCAUCUACCACAUGUUCAUCGCGCUGCUCAUUCUCUUCAUCCUCAGCACGCUCGUGGUGGACUUCAUUGAUGAAGGCAGACUGGUGCUGGACUUUGACCUGCUGGUCUAUGCAUUUGGACAGCUCCCCCUGGUGGUGUCCACUUGGCUGUGCAUGUUCCUGUCAGCGCUGGUGGUUCCUUACGGCCUGUUCCACAUGUGGGCCAGCCAGUACCACACCUCGCGCCACCGCAGCCUGCGCUCCCUGCUGGCCGGAUCCCUCUUCCUGCUGUAUCAAGGGCUGGGCCUCGGCUUCCUGCCCACCUACGUGGUGCUGCAAAAUGGCCUUCCACCUGCUUCACGCUUCAUCGUCAUCCUGGAACAGGUCCGGCUGAUGAUGAAAGCACAUUCAUUUGUCCGGGAGAAUGUCCCAAGAGUACUGGUCUCUGCACAAGACAAGAACAGUCCCUUGGUCAUCCCCCAGGUGUCGCAGUACCUGUACUUCCUCUUCGCCCCUACACUAAUCUACAGAGACAAUUACCCCAGGAACCCGUUCAUCAGAUGGGGCUAUGUUGCCACUAAGUUUUUACAGGUGCUGGGCUGUCUGUUCUAUGCCUACUACGUCUUUGUGCGUCUCUGCAUCCCACAGUUCCGGAGCAUCAGUCUACAGCUCUUUGACCUGAGGGUCAUGGUCCUCUGUGUCUUUAACUCCAUCCUACCAGGAGUGCUGGUUCUCUUCCUGGCUUUCUUCGCCUUCCUGCACUGCUGGCUCAAUGCCUUUGCAGAGAUGCUGCGAUUCGCCGACAGGAUGUUUUACAAGGAUUGGUGGAACUCAACAUCUUUUGCCAAUUACUAUCGGACCUGGAACGUUGUGGUACAUGAUUGGUUGUACAAUUACGUAUACCGGGACUUCCUAUGGGUGUCACAGAAGAGGUUUCGAGCGGGAGCCAUGUUUUUCGUCUUCACUGUGUCUGCGGUGGUCCAUGAGUACGUCCUGGCCAUCUGCUUCGGCUUCUUCUACCCCGUUCUCUUCUGCCUCUUCAUGUGCUUUGGGAUGUUGUUUAAUUUCAUCCUCCAUGACCGGAGGAAGGGCCCGAUCUGGAACGUGAUCAUGUGGACCUCACUCUUUCUGGGUCAGGGGGUUCUGAUCUGUCUGUACUCCCAGGAGUGGUAUGCCCAGCGCUACUGUCCCCUAAAGGAGCCCUCUUUCCUGGAUCUGCUGAAGCCGCGCUCCUGGACCUGUCACCAGCAGAUUGCUCCUGCUGUGGAGUCCCCCUGAGCCAGUGAGCAUAAGGCACAGCACACCAGUCUCACCAACCAAAUGAAUGUGAUGGGGAGAGGAGAGCAGGCAUUCCUUUGUGUUCAUUUCA